AGCCCCCUUGGAUAUUCAGGCGCGAGGUCCCGCGGCCGUUGAAGCCUACAACAAAGCUCUUUUGGAUGGGAAAGCAUUCAUCAAAAGAGUACCAGUUAUGAUAAUUGGGCAGGAUCGGACAGGGAAGACCAGUCUAAAGAAGUCUCUGAAGGGAGAAAAGUUCGAUCCAAAGGAACGGAGCACUGAAGGAAUAGCGACUGAUCCUGAAUACUUUAAGGUUUCGACGGAAAUUUGGAGAACAGGUGACAACGACAAAGAAAGUGAACCUUUUUCAGAGGCUUACUUUGAGCACCAUGUGGCACGGUCGGUAUUUGGAGCAUUAAAGGAUGUCGAGAAGCAACAUGCGAAAGAAGAAACAUCUCAGAGACAACUUUUAAAGGAACCAAGCAAAAGUAAGCCUGAGGCGUCACUUAAGUACUCAGAGGUAAGCACAGAAAGAUGCACUCUUCCGUUUUCAAACGAAGUCCCAGAACGUGUAGCAAAGCUAGUGAAAGAGCUUCUGCUAAAUGUGAAAACGAAUGAAGAAAAGGACGAGUUAUUCUCCAUUAUUUGGGACUUUGGUGGACAGUCCGUUUACUAUGCUACCCAUCCAGUCUUCCUGACAGAGAGAGCCAUAUAUAUUUUAACUUGUGAUCUAAGUCGUGAUCCAUACCAGAAAGCUAACAGUGUUGUGAGAAAAGGGCUGUACAAAAACAAAGAAGACAAUUACUGCAACAAGACAAACCUAGACAAUCUUGACUUUUGGCUUUCAUCAGUUUAUUCUUUGGUUGGUCCACAUGCUGAUGGUCAGAACAUAUCUGUUCCGCUUGCCUCACCCACAAUAUUACCUCCAGUGUUUUUGGUGUGUACUCAUGCCGAUGAACCCUACUGUAGGAACAGGGAUCCCAGAGAGUUGGCGCUCGACAUCUAUGGAUUUCUCAAAAAGAAGCCUUAUAGAAACCAUUUGUUUAAGGACGUUUUUGUCGUCGACAAUACGAAGUCAGGAAGCGAAACUGACGAGUGUCCAGAGGUAGUGCGCCUCAGGGAAGAAUUAAUUUCUGUUGCCCAAAGUCUUCCACAGAUGCAGGAGGCCGUUCCAUUGAAGUGGUUAAGGUUUGAACAUAUUCUGCGGUCUUUACUUGAAAAGCAGUGCAAAUGGUUGCCCAUUAAUGAAGCAAAGCAAAUUGCAACAGAUGAGUGUGCGAUCAACGACGAUGAGCAAUUUCGGACUAUGCUUGAUUUUUUGCAUGAUCAAAAGGUUCUGAUUCAUUUUAAUGAAACACCAGAAUUGAACAACAUGGUGAUCUUAGACCCCCAAUGGCUCAUUGAUAUCUUCAAGAAAGUAAUCACUGUUAAACGUUAUGAGCCGACAGAAUAUAUCCUUGAACAAUUUUGGCUCAAGCUGCAUGAGACUGGAAUCUUAGAUGAAAGGCUCCUGGUUCACGAGUGGAACUCUUUGAUUGAUAUGUACAGUAAAGAAACCUGUGGCAGCCUUAUCGCGUUAAUGGAGAGAUUCAGUUUGCUUUGUCCUUGGCCAUCUGACGGAGAACACAAACAGUACCUCGUGCCGUCCAUGUUGAUGUCGCCCCCUUCAGACGACCUAGUUGAGCUCCUUUCCUCUGUGAGAAUCCCUUCACUUUUUGUGAGGUUUGAUUUAGGCCGAGUGCCUCCGGGCCUGUUCACACGUCUAGUUCUCCAGUUUUACCAGUGGUGCAACCAGGAGUGGAAGAGCCAUAUACAACCCCAGCUGUUUAGUAAUUUUGCUCGGUUUCACAUCCUUCCUGAUCAAGGGGUGUCUAUCAUCAUUAUGUGCCAUUCCUCUUCUAUUGAGAUCGCCUUUCACGAUGGAAGCGACAUUCGUGGAGCAAUGGUGGAAGAUUUAAUUGAUGAUUAUUCUAAUCUAGCCACCAGUCGUGCAAUUCAUUGGCAACUCAGACUCAUUCUCGAGUGCAUGCGCAGAGAGUUUAGCUGGCUAAAACACAUGAGGUACGAAAUGUGCAUUUGCUGUCCAGUGUGUUCGCAGAAAGAUCCUCUCAGAUGUCGUUCUCAUGAUGUCCGUGGCUGUGAGUGUCUUCACUUGUUGUCUGAAUCCGAACUUCAGAAAUUUCAGUACUGCACCCGACCUGGUUUUCGUGGCGAUUACAGAAUUAACAUCAAAAUGUUUGCACCUUGGUUUUCCCUUACAGGCCCUGAAAGUAGGACUCUAGUGAAUGAGGUUGGUAUCUGUCUUUUGCAAACGUUAUGUACAAAAUACAAUUCACGAGUGUGUUCUCGAAUACUACUAAAACCACGGCAGUUUUUUUCAAAAUCUUCAAUAUACAAAAUUAAAGCAUAAGCUAUUUCAGGGAGGAAAGAGUACAUAUAUUAUAUCUUGUCACUUUGACCUUAAUCAUUGGUAGCUAAAGAUAUCAUUAUUUAGACUCAUAAUACAACUUUAUGGUAAUGAGAAAAAUAUAUAUACUAUAAAACAACAACAACAAAAUUCAGGGUUUCCAAACUGUAAAUUCUUAAUUCGUUGAUUCUGUAUUUUUCUCUAGCAGCAAUGUGAAUCUGGAUGUGACGUAGGAGAACUGAGAUGCUGUAUAACUUACAAAGAAGGCAAGAACUCUUAGAUCAGUUGUACUUUUUAAACCCUGUGUUUUUUCUUAUCUAUUCUUUCUUUUAAUCCAAUUUAUAAUAGCAGUCACUUGAAGUCUUCUGUUGUAACAUGUUUCUUUAAUUUCUAGAGAAGUCUCUUGCUCUUCCCCAUGAUGUUCUUCAGUGCAUUCAAUCUCAGCAGAGCGACCCCAAGGAAAUUGUAGUUCAAUUUCAAGAGUGUCUGCAGUUAACUCCAGCAGAUCUGGAAAAUCCAGUGCCAAAGACGCAACGAUGGAUUCGGUGCCUAGCUAAUAAAGCUAAAUCUCAAAACAGAAUCGGCGUAAUUGAGUACUUGAGGACUAUAGCACCUGCCGGUACUACAGGUACGUCCACAACAAAAACACCAUGUAAAAAUUCCUUCUUUAUUUUAUUACCACGAGGAAAGAUACUUCCAAGUAGUAAGUGAAGUUUUUCUGCAUCUUUCAGGCAAGAACUCAAAAGAACACUUCAAUCUAUUUUCAACAAUAGCCGGCACCUCAUUUUCGCCACGUUUAGACGUUCAAAAAAGUUCAUGUUGGAACUUUGGAGAUGUAGAAGUAUAUACGCAGAUUUGCAUGUACAGUUAUGGUAGUUUGUUUUAUUCACACCAUGUUGUUUGGUAACCAGGUCCCUUAUUGAGCGAGAACCUUGAUGUGCGUUGUAUUCCUUUUAAGAUGAGAAAGGAACUAACAUUUGGUCUUUGUGGUAAGUGUUAUUUUGUAACGUCCUGCAAGCUUCUCACAUGUGUCUUCAGGUUUAUGUUCUGUCUACGAUGAUAAUAUUUUCCCUUUUUGUCGUAAACUUAACGUGUUUUCCAUAGAGAACUUCAAGAUUAUUUAAAAUUUUGGACCUUUACAAAGAAUGUUACGUAUGACGAAACACGUCAGCAAAGCUUGUAAAGUUGACCCGGAUGAUAGGGUAACCCUACCUGUGAAAUUUGCUUGUAAACCAGAGCUUACUUUAACCCGCUUGCUAGGGUAACCCUAGCAAAACGGUAACCCUCUUUCCUUGUAAACAGGCCCUAAUACAGCUGUAGUGGUGAUUUUUCCAAAUUUGUCAGUUAAUGGCCACGUACCGUAAAUGCUCCAAUUAGCGCCCGGGGCGCUUAUUAUAAUUUUUUUAAGGCGAAAGGGGGGCGCUUAUUUCGUGUAUCAAUUUUUGGCCUCAAAAUGGCACUAUCUUUAUUUCGAUAGUUAACCAAAAAGGUAACAUAUAAAAAUUCAAAAAACGUUGCAGAAAAGUACUUUUUGUGAAUCUUUAAACGUUCUCAAUACGUUUUCGAGUUGCCCGUCAAAAACGCGAAGAAAAUGAGAAGCAAACCCGUAGUACAAAAUUAAUAUUCUUCAAAGUCGUACCGUAAAAUUCCGAAAAUAAGCCCCGGAGCUUACAUUUUUCAAAAGCCCUUUUUGAGGGGCUUAUAUAAGGAGGGAAAUUUGCGUUUCAAAAUCGACUGGACUAGCUUAUAGUUGGAAGGAAAUUUAUGCCACUAAUUUGCAGAAAGUUUUUACUGAAACUCGCCUUGAGGACGUAGAUCUAAGUAAAACUCAGCCAUGCAUAUGGAACGAGGAAAUCCAAGCCAUAAGUGAACUACGCAAACAGCUGCAGCAAUAUACUGUGACACUUUUUGACUGCAAUCAUUUGGGACACGUAAUAGUUCUUUGGCAAAUGCAAAAAUUUACGUGUUUCUUUACAGUUUUUGCUUUGCUUUAUUUUGAAUUUGAGGGCAAUUUCCGAGGGCUUAUAUUUGGAGGGGCGAUUUAAAGGAGGGUCUUCUGCGUUACGAGUUUGGGGGGCUUAUUUUUGGAGGGGCUUAUUUUCGGAAUUUUUACGGUAUUACGAAUGUCACAUUUAUUAAAAGUACCGUAUGCGUCUCUUCCAAAUUUUAACCCUUAGGAGGGGCGCUAAUUCGAAGCGGGCGCUUAUUUGAAGCUGGGAGCUAAUUCGAGCAUUUACGGUAGUUUAGGGUCAAACUUGGGAGCGUUUGAUCUUGAAAAAGCCUAUCGAGCCACCUUAAGGUAUCAUCCAGGGUAAAAAAUCAUAAUUUUUCGAAAUUUGCAAUUUUUAAAUUAUUAAAUAGAGCUAAUCACGAGCUUUCUUUUACAAAAAAUUCCAGGAAAAAAUGUUUUUUCUGUGCAGACUUAUGGAGCGCAAGAGUUUUUUCUAUGCUAAUUAUUUUAAUUGAUCGUUGACAAGUGCUGUCAUACUUGAUACGCAUGUCGCUGUUGAACCAAGCUAAUCACGCAAUUUGACAGAAAUCGUGGUCUACAAAAAUAUUACUCACUGUUUUUCCCUGGAUUUUGGAAGUGAGUGCCUCCGAAGAAGGAAAAAAAGCUUGUCCGUUUUCGUACACGACUCCAAGACGAAAGAAGGCGACAAAAUCGUUUUGCAAGGAGUGGGCUUCGAAAUUAGCAGAGAGCGACAAGGGCUACUACUACAAUUUAGAAAAAUGGCUAAAAGAUGACAAAGCUCCUGAAAAACCAUUGAAACCACCGCGGAAUCGAGUUUAACGAGUUUCUUACCGGGCGGGGCAAGCUUUUUUGGCCGCGAAUAGGUCAGGCGGGCGACGAAGUCGCGAGAGGUCCCGCGCCAUAUAAAAAUCGGACGAAGGACUGCUCAACUUAGCUUGUCCGGUGCGAAAAUGAAAACUGCCCGUCACAAAUAAGUAAGGAUGCUUUCUAGACAACAGAAAGAAUCGAACAGAGGAGAGCUUUUGAAAUAAAUUGUUGUCGGGUUUCGUUUUUAACCCUUUCCUGCUGUGUCACUAUUGUUGUCCCUUCUCUGGUAUGCAUCAACAUUGACAGCUUUGGUCUUAUAAUCUGUUGUAAUCUCGUCACGGGUAAUACGCCGCCAAAACUCUUUUUCCACUGUUUUCUCGAAAUGAAAAUCAGGGCAAGUUGAGGGUACGUUUUAAACUCCAAGUCGGCAACCCGUGAACCAAUUUGGCUGAAAUUUGGCCAACUUACUUUCGAAUAGUUUUUCUAAAAAACCGUGUCUGCGAAUUUUGAUUUCUUUUUUCGUUUUCGAGUUAGACUAGUUUUUUCACAGGUAGUCCUAAUGAUUUGCUAUCCUUAACUUCAACUGCUUAUAACCAAAGAACAAACGCACUUGACAAAAAUCUGAGACACGGUUUUUUAGUCAAACGUGCUAAGAAGCAAAUUGGAUCUUAAUUGGCUUCUUCCUUUUAUUUUUGGCUGGCCUGGACUUAAAUUUACAGUGACACCCACUUUCACAAAAAGCUUCUGAUUUCUAAAUAGCGUUAAUAUUUUGAUUUUUUAAAAGGAAUAAGCAAUAAUCUGGAACUAUUAAGCUUUCAGAAGAUGUACGGUUUAUGAGGGUAUUUAUUAAAAGUAAAAGCGCUAACGCCGAUCAACGCGAGGAGGGUGCUUGAGGGUGGAUGAUACCUUAAGUCACACUUUCGCUGCCAUCGAAGUAGUGGUUACUUAAGCACUCCUUUAUGCAAGAAUAGCAUCUCUUGUAUCAACAUCAUGUCAUCCUCAUACAAAAUUAUUUUUGUUUUAGUGUUCAACAAGUUUUAAAUUAAAAUCAUGGCUCAAACAUGAAAGAAAAGGCCAGUUGUCUUCAAGGAGGCAUCUGACGUCACACAAAAAUACCAUUCCGUGCUCUAAACAGUAGGUCUUUCCUCACAAGCGCAACUGUUUCUAUAAACUUUCCAAUAAAACGAAUCUGAAACAUUUAAAUCGCUUUUGUUUCCCAGGUGGAGAAGAAUGGAAACAGCUUGCCGAGAGCUUUGGUAUGUCUUACAACGAGAUCCGCUUUCUUGAUAAGAGAACCACCAAUCCGUGCGACGUUGUUCUUGAUCUUAUUGCGAAUCACCGCUAUUUGAUGGUUGGGGAACUUUAUGACAGGCUCGUCACGAGCGGACUUCCAGGAUCAGCUGACUUACUAUAA